AUGAAGCUUAAGCAGGCCAAACAAUUUCUUCGUCUUCUUUAUUUCACGAUCGAUUUCAUGUCUCGUAGGCAAAGUGACAAGUCUCAUCAUCAUGACUUGGCAAAGAUCUCGCCUCAGAUCAGAUUGUGGUUGAAAGCCUUGGCUCUAAUUGAGCCAUCAACAAUAAAUAUUCGUCAGACAAAGAUUUAA